UUAAAACACGAAGAAGAAACGCGCUCGUCACAACAACCAGCUAGCAUUGCAGCUAACACCACCCGAAAAGACCUUUUUUCUGUCAAAAUGGAUGUAAAUCAGGCGAAACAGGAACACCUGCUCGCGUUAAAAGUGAUGCGGUUAACAAAACCGACACUCUUCACAAACCUGCCAGUCACAUGUGAAGAUCGAGAUCUGCCAGGAGAUUUGUUCGGUCAGCUCAUGAGGGAGGACCCGUCCACCAUCAAAGGAGCGGAGAUUUUAAUGCUCGGGGAGAUGCUUACAUUACCACAGAACUUUGGAAAUAUUUUCCUCGGCGAGACCUUCUCCAGUUACAUCAGUGUGCACAAUGAUAGCAACCAAGUUGUGAAGGACAUUCUUGUGAAGGCUGAUCUACAGACCAGCUCACAGAGGCUCAACCUCUCGGCGUCAAACUCUGCAGUAUCAGAACUUAAACCUGAAUGUUGCAUUGAUGACGUUAUCCACCACGAAGUCAAAGAAAUUGGAACCCACAUCUUAGUUUGUGCUGUCAGUUACACCACUCAGUAUGGGGAGAAGCUCUAUUUUCGGAAGUUCUUCAAAUUCCAGGUUUUGAAGCCACUGGAUGUGAAGACAAAGUUCUACAAUGCAGAGAGUGACCUCAGUUCUGUGACAGAUGAAGUGUUCCUGGAGGCUCAGAUCCAGAACAUCACCACCUCACCGAUGUUCAUGGAGAAGGUCUCUCUAGAGCCCUCCCUGAUGUACAACGUUACAGAGCUCAACACAGUCGCAGCUGGAGACGAAGGAGAGUCCACAUUUGGGAAAAUGUCCUACCUGCAGCCCAUGGACACACGGCAGUACCUGUACUGCUUGAAGCCAAAGCCGGAGUACGCAGAGAAGGCCGGCGUCAUCAAGGGUGUGACGGUGAUAGGCAAGCUUGACAUCGUAUGGAAGACCAAUCUCGGGGAGAGAGGGAGGCUACAGACCAGUCAGCUGCAAAGAAUGGCUCCAGGCUAUGGAGAUAUCAGGCUGUCCUUGGAGAUGAUUCCUGACACUGUUAACCUCGAAGAACCUUUUGACAUUACCUGUAAAAUCACCAACUGCAGCGAAAGAACCAUGGACCUGGUGCUGGAGAUGUGUAACACCAGGUCGAUCCACUGGUGUGGUGUAUCAGGGAGACAGCUGGGGAAACUUAGUCCUGGUGCCUUCCUCUCUCUGCCCCUCAUACUCCUCUCAUCCGUCCAGGGUCUGCAGAGCAUUUCCGGACUGAGACUCACAGAUACAUUUCUGAAGAGGACGUACGAAUAUGAUGACAUCGCACAAGUGUGUGUGGUCUGCCCGUACACGAGCAACGAGUGCUAGGAAUUUUAUUGACCUUUUUUGCAUUUUAGGUAUGAAUGGACCAACAGUGGAAUUCUGGACAUAACGCUGACAUUUCACUCUUUUUGCAACCUGAGGGGAUAAUACUGUAUUUUAAAAUGAAUUGUGAAUAAUAUAAAUCACUUUCUUUGAAAAUAAUAAUGUAAAUGUGCAUAAAUGUUAAUAAAAUCUCUGUAAUCUUUGAUUUCCUAUUGCUUUUCCAAACCUAUUUAAUGGUGUCAAUGGUGGCUUUUGUCAUUAAAAAUGCUCCCAGACACAAUAUGAGUAUUGAAUAAUCCUUUUAUUGUUUGUCAUUUUUAAAGACAUUAUAUAAGUCUGUUUAAUGCUUGUAGGCUGCACUGAUCCUUUCUUUAAACAUGAUGAUUACAUGGAUUUCUUGUUUUUUAAGACACAUUUUUAAAUACAAUGGUAACUAUUGAAAUGGUGACCAGGUAUUGAACUUAUCUGAAGAUGCUACUGCAGCAAGUACUUAAGUAAUUGUAAUAUUAGUGUUACAUUAACAUUAUUUUAUAUAGUGAAGAGCCAUUUAACCUAAACAGAAACUGGUGUAUACUGACUACUGACUCUUUUGUCGAGCCAUGAUGUUUAGCAUGCUAAAGUCUGAGGCUUAUGGGAAGUGGUAUUUGUUAAAUGCCACUGAAAUGUGUGUAAGAUAUAUUAAAUAAACCACAUCAGAUUGA